AAGUAGACCCAAGUUAUACAAUCUUGUACGCCGAUUUUCGACCAAACGACAACCAACGACUUAUUCGCUUGAUAUUGCACAUGUGCUGCAAAUCAUAACGGUUCGAAUAUUGUAAGAUCCAGCUUUAAAGAAAAGUGUGUGUGUUAACAAACGUUGAGAACAACAACAACUGACAACAAAACGCGCAACAUUUAAAUACAUAUAUGUAUAUUAUAUGCGUACAUAAUUGAAUUUUCAAUACCGUGUUUGCAACAUUUUUCGCAUCCAAUACCGUUACUUGCGUAGCCAAUCGUAAAUUUAACGCCGAACAAAAGUGAAAUUGAGAAUUGUCAAAUCGAAGUUGUGGCAGCGAUCGCGUGUUUGGUUACAUUUACUUAAUUCUGAAAAAGCAAAGCAAAAUCAAAGCCUGAGCAAAAAGACGCAGUUUAACGUGCGAAAUAAAAAGUAGCAAAAAACAAUAACAAGAAAACAAGAGCAAAAAUAAAAAAACGAAAUAAAACGGCAAUCGAGAGAACUCGACAAGCGCAAAAUACCACCACCAAUAACAACAACAAUAAGAAUAACGAAAAAUCAAAAUUAAUGAAUUUUGUGAUUAAAAAUAUUUCAAAGGUACAACGAAAGCUCAUUUAAUAACAAACCGCGCCGCGUCGCGACAACAGCAACAACAGCAACAACAGCAACAACGACAACAAAGUGGCAAAAACUAAAUUAUUCGCGGACAAACAACAACAAUAACAACAAUUGAAAAAGCUUCAUUUAGUGCACCAAUAACAACUACAACAACGAAAAGCGAGCGCAGCAGUUAAACACAACAAUUGCGCAGAGAACAAUUUGCAAAAGGCAAAAACAAUAGCAACCAUUACCAUUACCAGGCCAUAACGAAAUCAACCAAAUUGAAAUCAUUUCCAUUUCCAUUUCGGCGCAAGUGUUUUCGGAGCUGGAAAGUGUUAUUUUAGUGUGUGAUUAAUUUUGGAACGAACAACUGGAACCAGAGUAAUUUUGUGUGCCGAAUUGAAAGUUCUUGUGCCGAGGGUCUUGUGACAAUGGUAAAUAAACCAAAUGGAAAACUGGGUGGUGGGCAGCAACAGUCGCAGAAAGUAGAGAAACAGAGGGCAGAUGCGAUGACAGCGACAACGGCAUCAAGCAACGUGCAACAGCAGCAGCAGCAGCAACAAAACCUGCCACACAUCAACAGCAGCAACAAACAGUUGAAAUUUGGUGAAUUUGUUAAUGGUGGUAUCGCUAGCAACAAAACUAAAAAUUCAAAUUCCAAAUAUUGCAACAACAACAACAACAACAAUACAAAUCGCAACAAAAAUGGCCAGAAUAAAGUGCAGCAACAGGAGCAACAGCGAAAUGCUGGCAACAAGAAGUCGAAAAAGCAACGACGGCAACAGCUCAGCUUGCAACAACAACAACAAACACGUGCUAACAACAACAACAGCAACCACAAUGAUAAGAGCCAGCAGAUAAAGCCACAAGCAACCACACAACAGACCAGCAACAAUAAAAGCAGUAAUAGCAACAGCAACAGCAACAGUAAAAGGAACAGCAACAGCAGCACUGACAGCAACAUUGUUGUAGUUGCAACAGCGGCAGCUAGCUCUGCUGAUAAUGUCGCAUCACAGGUGAUUGCAACCGAUCUAUUAAAUGCCACUGCACUUACCGUUCCUUGUGCCAAAUGCUCGAAACCAGCCGUUCUCUCCACCCUGCCCUCAUCCGCCUCAUCAACGAGCUCCGAUGCAGGCAGCAGUUAUGGCACCACCGCCAGCUACAGCACCACCGACACCAGCUAUCACUAUGCCCUGUUUACGGGCAAACAGUAUCGUAAAUCCAAAUCCUACAUGGGUGCGUCGCAGUCCCUGGGCAGCAACCACCACUAUAAGACACAAUACAAUUCAAAUUCCGGUGGCGGUGGCGGCGGCGGCGGCGGUUCUAGUAGUAGUACACAGUACCGACGAUCGCACAGUGAUCGUCGCAGUUCCUUCGAUCGCACAUUUGCGGAACGUAAUCGAGACUUUGUGCCAAUUGUGCCACCAUCGCGUCGCGUCCUAUCCUCCUCAAACAUUGGUGGUGUAAUGGCCGAUUCGGCCAAGCUGACGAUCAUUGAACGGCUCAGUAAAGAACGUAUCGCCUAUCCCAUAAUGCAGUGCGGGACUCUAGACGGGCCCGAACCGUCAUAUCAUCAGCAACGAAACAACAGAAUGGACGCCUACCAAAUUGACGAUGGCUUCCACUCAGAUGGCGGCACUGAGACACCACCACCAUCGCCCAGCUCGGGCUCCUCGAUAGCCUCGACAUCGGACCAUGGCUCGCUGGAGAGUGUCGAUACGGGAGGCACACAGCGUCUGGCCGUGCUCUCAUUCGAGCAGGUGAGCAAAUUGCAUUACGUUAUGGACGAGAAGGUGGCCAUACAUGGACGCGGCAAUUUUCCAACACUGGAGGUCACACUGAAGGACCUGGUGAACCUGGUGCGCCGCAAACUGGAGGCCGAGGUGAACUCGGGCGGUGCCGGAGUCUUAGUUAAGGACAUACGCUUGAACGGCGGUGCGGCUAGUCAUGUUUUAGCUUCGGAGGAUCAGCCAUAUAACGACUUGGACUUGAUAUUUGCCAUUGAGCUCAGUUCACCGCGUGUCUUUGAUCGCGUCAAGACCGCCGUGCUGAACACCCUGCUCGACCUGAUGCCCGAGGGCGUCUGCAAGCGUCGCAUCUACGCGUGCUCCCUCAAGGAGGCCUACGUUAGCAAGAUGGUGAAGGUGAACAACAACAAUGACGGCGAUCGCUGGUCCCUCAUCUCGUUGGGGAACUCGCCGGGCCACAAGAACGUCGAGCUGAAGUUUGUGGACACCAUGCGACGUCAGUUUGAGUUCUCCGUCGACUCCUUCCAGAUUGUGCUCGACUCGCUGCUGCUCUUCUACGACUGCGCCGCUCUUCCCAUAUCCGAGAACUUCUACCCGACCGUGGUCGGCGAAUCUGUCUACGGCGACUUCCAGGAGGCGCUCUAUCACUUGCAAAAGAAACUGAUCUCAACGCGCCAGCCGGAGGAGAUUCGCGGCGGUGGUUUGCUCAAAUACUGCAACUUGCUGGUGCGCAACUACAAGGCUGUGGACUCGCAGCUGAUCAAGACACUGGAGCGCUACAUGUGCUCCCGCUUCUUCAUUGACUUUCCGGACAUAAAUACGCAGACGACCAAGCUGGAGGCCUAUUUGCGCAAUCACUUCUGGGGCGUCGACGAGGAGCCCCUCCAGUAUCAGUACCUGAUGCAUUUACGACAGGUGGUCGAGAUGUCCACCGUUUGCCUGAUGGGCCAUGAGCGGCGGCAGACCCUCCAUCUCAUCCAGUCGCUGGCCGCCGAGGUCCUCUACAACAAGCAAAAGAAACAGGCCCAGGCACAGGAGCAGUACCAACAGUACCACCACCAGCAGCAGCAGCAGCAGCACCAACAACAGCAGCACCAACAACAGCAGCAACAUCAACAACAGCAGCAACAACAACAAGUGCAACAGACGCAGGCGGCACAGCAAUCACAGCAGCAGCAGCAGCAACAACAACAGCAACAACCGCAGGCAACCACACUGACCCUGGUGUCAACGGCAGGCGUCACACAAGCACCGAACCAGACCCCACAGACUCAGCCCCAGACCAUCUAUGUGCAGCAGGCGGCGCCACAACCGGGCACUGCGACCAUUUGCUGCACCACCGCUUCCGGCGCCGAGCAGCCUUCACAAGCCGCUGCCGCCGCCGCCGCCGCUGUGCCACAAACCAUACAAAUACAGACCGCACCACCGAGUCUCAUCUAUGCUAAUGGCGUCUACUAUGCACCUCUGAUUCCGAGCAACAUUUGCACCUGCAACUCCACCUGGCUGAGCACGUGAUUUGAGGAGGAGCAGGAGCAGCAGCAGCUAGAGA